GUAAAAUAAUCUGUAAAUAUUGCUGUAAUUAAACUUAAUACGGGCGUAGAUUUUUGUUUGCAUUGCAUUGGAUUCUUACACUUAAUUUAACAACGUUGUAGGAGAAAAUUUUUAUUUAUGUGCUAAUGUGCAUUUAAGUAGAUCACGAUAAAAGAAUUUACCGUUGCAGAAGUUGUUUUCAUAAACUAAGAUGGAACCACCAAAGGACAAAUGGAAUUUUGUUUUGCUAAUAUUUGUUGUGCAUGGCAUAGGUACUUUAAUGCCGUGGAAUAUGUUCAUAACUGCCAAAAGUUAUUUUGUGGACUAUAAAUUAGCUGAUGGAAUAAACUCUACUAGCUCUUCGACCUACGCUUCAAACUUUUUGCAAUAUCAUAACUUCGCCGCACAAAUUCCUAAUGUAGUAUUUAAUUGGUUAAACAUAUUUUUUAAUUUAGGAGGUGAUUUAACGAAGCGAAUUGUUUUCAGCAUAUUGCUAGAAUUAGCUCUUUUUAUAUUAACCGUAAUUUUCGCUAUGAUCGACUCAUCCAAUUGGCGUGGAGCCUUCUUUUGGACUACUAUGAUCACUGUUGUUCUUUUAAAUAUGGCCGGAGGAAUUUAUCAAAAUACAAUUUACGGAAUGGUUGCUACACAUCCGUUUAAAUAUACUGGAGCCGUAGUUUUGGGAUCAAAUAUAUGUGGACUGUUUGUGUCGAUACUGAGCAUAGCAAUCACGUCUAUAUUUCCAUCGAAACGGACUGCAGCGAUUUAUUAUUUUAUCACAGCUAUGGUCGUUUUGCUUGCAUGUUUUGACACGUUUUUUGCAUUGCCGUUAAACAAAUUCUACAGAUACAAUCAGCUUUCGGGAAAGUCAGACGAUGAACCUGAGAAACAUAAAACCGCUGCUAUACCAUAUUGGGAUAUUUUCAAAAAAACAUCUUUGCAACUAUACAAUGUGUUCUGUACUUUUUUCGUGACUUUAUCGAUUUUUCCUUCAGUACAUUCAGGUAAGUUUUUUACUAAUGCUGUGAACCCUUAA